CGAAGACGAUGUCGGGAAUGAAUCACCAAGAUGACCUCGAUCUUCUCCUCUCGCUUGAGGAUCGCGUACUCGAGACUCCGCCUGCUUCUCCUUCAGGAUAUUCAUCAGACGAUGGAUUUCCAAAGCAGAGGGCGAAUGUGGACAUGUCUGUAUUUCGAGAUGUCGUGCAGGACUGUCUUGAUUAUGAUCCUGAAGAUGCCAAAAAAUCUCAUAAAGUAAAUUCGAGGAAGAGCUCUAGUGACAUUGAAGUUGAUAAGUUUUCUGGGCUUCGCAUUCAGAACCAAGUGGUGUCACGAGUUGAGCUGAGCAACCAUUUAUCAGAUAUUAGAUUUGUUCGCCUGCCGACAAUAAAGAAUUUAAUAAAUGGUGACACCCUAUCCGGAUGUUGGGCUACUAUUGGAAUUUUAUCAGAAAAGGGAGCCCCAAAGACUAGUUCUAUUGGGAAAACAUUUGGAAUCUGGAAAGUUGGAUGCUUAGAUGAAAAUACUAUUUCUGUUUUCUUGUUUGGUGAUGCUUACUAUAAGACAUGCGAAGAAAAGAUCGGAACCAUCUUUGCUCUCUUCAAUUGCAGUGUCCGUAAAGACAAUUCGGGGUUUGGAUUUUCUUUAAGUGUCUUCUCGGCCAAGCACAUUUUAAAACUGGGUACUUCACCUGAUGCUGGAGGUUGCCAGGGAACAGGGAAGGAUGGAGGUGCUUGCACAGCAGUCAUUGACAAGCGGCGUGGAAAGUAUUGCAGCUACCACAAGCAGAAUUCAUCUAAGAAAUAUACCUCUACAAGGACCGAGCUCAAAGGAGGAAAUUUGAAGACUGGCUUCAGAGAUUAUCUCAAAUCAGAAGGCAUAUAUGUGGUAAAACCUGCAGAAAACAAAAUAAACUUGCAUAAGUCAAAUCGGCCUGCGAAGCUAUUGUCUGUUGAUGGAUUAAAAAAGGCAUUGAGCAAAGCAGACACAGUGACAACAAAUACACAUUCCCAAGGAAUUCGAUUUCUUAACCACAUCACUGGUGGGACACUUACUCCUAAAGUCACAAAUGAAGUAGUUAGUCUCCAACAGCAGCAAAGGAAGAGUGCAGUUAACAGGUCCCGACCAACUCAACAACAACCUGAUGCAAAGAGAUCGAAAAAAGAACAGAGUCAAGACCCCAAGGAAGUUGGUCUAAAAAUGAUCGAGUUAGAUUUUGCUAGUUCGGAUGAUGAACCACUGCUAUUUUAAGGCGCGACUGAGUCAUCAUCCAUCGAAAAUUUUGUACAUGUUGGCGAUCUUUCGUCGCGCGGAAAAGACAACAUUGCAAGGAUUCAGGCAAUCCUUGCACUUGUAAGUGCCAUCCAAUUCCAUAUGUUUAUGUAUAUUGAGUUGGCUCUUUACUUGCUACUUUGAUUUGCUAAUUAGUACAAAAAUGUUUUGCACAUUUUGAACU